CUGAUGAGCAAAUACCUUUCCUGAUACUUGCAUGUAUUAAAAAAAGAACAUGYACACGUGACAAAUGGGCGUUGUGACUAACACGCUCUCGUGUCCAGAGAUUUCUAUCCUGCAACAACAAUCCUCAACAUUUCCUUCAUAAUUAUGGGGACAGAUGGGAUGUGGAAUGGCCACACGGACACCACUGAGUUUUUUUUAAAAUAUUUAUUCAUCUCACACAGAACGACGCACAAAUUACAUAUCAGUCUCAAGAGAAAACAGCACCUUUCAGGCACGUUUGAGAGGAGUAUUUGCUGCCCUUGCCUUUGAAAAUGAGUCUGAACUGCACAAGCGAGCGCGCGCGCGCACGCACACACACACAUUCACAGGCUGAGGGACGAGCUCACAGGCUGGAGUCGCACAAAUCAAAGGAGAAAACACAGAAAGCAGCGGUAAAAGGAUUUGCAGCAGAGAUUUAAAACUUGAUCGGACGCAUGCCAUCAUUGUCAGUGAUGGCGCUUUGCUUUUAUUUUACAACAAGCCGUUUUGGGUUUGAAGCAUUCCAGUUAUUUAUUCGACUGUUUGUGCAGAUGCGACACAUUUUGAGAUGUUUCAACAGUUCCUGAAUGGCAAAAGGAAAAGCUGAAGCCGAACUGACGCUGAUGUUUCUGCUUUGAAGCACGACUGAUUAAAAAAAUAAAAAAGGUAUGAAAUCAGCUUAAAACAGAUUCUGGAAAUAAAUUCAGCAAAGUUGACUUUUUAUUUUUUAUUUUUUUCCACACUGAAUGAGAACCAAAUAUAGUUGUUUUCGCCUUGCAGUCUCGUAUCACAGGAUCUGUUCAGAAGUGAAGUAAAAAGAGUGUUUGUGUUCCUUCACUUCACUCCGGCUUUAUUCCCAUUGAAAGAGUGCCCUCAAGCAACUAAAGUCCUCCUACAUCUGUCACGGACAAACCAAACGAUCUGAGCUUGUAUUUUAUUAUAUUUUUCUCAACACAAAAUGAAAUGUUAUACUGAUUAUAAGGAAUCCAACCAUAUACUGAAAAUAGCUAUCAACACAAAAAUAUAAAAUGAAAAAAAAACAUAUCAAGAAAUAUUUUAUCUGUGCUUUAUUGUCAUUAAAUAAUUAUUAUAACAAUAAAAAUGCUCUUGUCGUGUUUUUAUAUUGGAUUWGCACAUUUAAUAUUUAAGAAAAUUAUCUUAGCAAUUUAAAAAUAUUAUUUACAGCUGCAGAACUGCAACAUGUCAACAUGUAAAAUAUAUUUAAGUAAAGCCGAUUAAAAGUCCUAAUGAUACAGUUUGAGAGAAAAUAAUAAAAAGUCCACAUAAAAAGCUAUGUCACUGUUUAUAAAAUAAAUUAAAUGUAGUGAAGUUUUAGAUUUACAUAAUCUUCUGACCCACGCGCAGAUUCAGACUGAGAGGAGUGGAUUUCAAAGACACUAAAGCACAAUAAAAAAUAAAAUGAAAUGCAGAUUUUGGUUUAACAACUUUUCAAACAAUUAGCCAUUUAUUUACAAGACAUUUUUUUUGUUUCAGAUAGAAAAAAAACAUUUUUUUUCUUUUUUUCCAACUUGCAUUUCAAUCCUAAAUGCGAACAAAUUCCACCGCAUUUGAUUUAUUUAUUUAAAGAAAGAAGCCCGCUAAUCAGUAAGGUCGUUAAAGCUGGUAUUUAAACAUAAGGAUGAUACAUAAUGCUUUGCUCAAUAAAAAUCAGUAUUACCAAAUACUACAGUAACCAAAGGCAAUGAGUUGGUUAUAUUUUAUAUGUAGAAAAAUAUAAACAAUCAGGAUGAAGGCCCAGGUGAGGCGGCUGUAGCCGACCUAUUCAACCGAAUUCACCCCUCARUGAUCAAAACACGUGUUUUAACGUCUGAUCUGCAUAUUUUCAACACUUGUGUAAAUUAAUUUUGUUGUUUUGCUGUAUUUGUCACAUUCUUAUUGUCAUUUAAAAGCUACACAGUCAACUGUAGCUUACCUCGGUGAAAAAGCAAACAAAAAGCAAAAAAAAAAAACAAAAACAGAGGCAAAAUAAAAUCACCCUAAAACCAUACUCCCCAUGUCCUGGACCUUCACAGAGCUCCCACCUGCUGGGUGUAAAGAAAACCACCACCAUGGUUAAUACGAUUAAUAAAAACAUCUGAAGUURUGUCUUAAAAUGUUCCCAAGCAAAGAGAGAGAGAGUGUUGUGAAAUAAAUCCAGUCGCGCCGCAGCACCAACAGCAGCCAAUCCUUUUGUUCGUCCCGCUGGUUGGAGCGGUGCGCGGUCACUAGGUGGCGCCCGCGCUCCACCGCAGAGCCCUCACCUCCUCCAACUUGACCGCGCUGACGUCACAGCAGUCUGGAGCAUCAAGGCCACUUCCACGCCGCUAUUGGUCUGAAGCUCACAUGACAUGUCUCCGAGCAUCCCAUAAUUAUGUUCCUGAUAUUUCCCUUUUGCACCCCCCUCCAAAAGAUGUCAGCAUCCUACUGUCCCGAUCCUCCCGCUGAAAGCCCGCAGAUCAGCGCGGCGGGGAAGUGAUUUCCUCCCGCUGUUUGUUUCAAAUGCAAGUAUGACAUGUCCGAAUAACAUAUCGCCCGGCAACUUCCUGAUGGAUUCCUUGAUGGGAGGAUCAUCUUCCUUCAGGGCUGAGGGCUACUCCAGCAGCCCAGGAAUGUACAUCCACUCAGCUGCGGAGUGCGGAUAUUCAGUGAUGAGAAACAUUGGGAAGGUUGGACCAUCUUCUUCUUCUUCUUCUUCCCUCUCCAAACGAGACGAGCUUCCUGCGGGCAGCGUCUCGCUCAGCGGCUUCCAGGAUGCGCCCUACCUGUCAGCACAGCUGGCCACAUGGACCCCGGGCUCCAAAAGCUGCAGGGACGAGCAACCUGUUGCGCAGUGUUUACAGCCCUGCUCGUUUCCAGCGGGCAGCGUCAAAGAGGAGGCGUUUUGUUGCCUCUACCCAGAUGACAGCAAUAAUAAGGGGAAGCAGACAACAGAGUCAGCCACCUACAUCCGGCUCGGAGACAAUAGCUGCCGGCCUGAGCCCACGGCCGCCGCCGCCUCCUCCUCCUCCUCAUCCAGCGGCUACUUCCAGGUGUACAGCGGGGGAAGGCCGCAGCASGACGAGCAGCAGUUCCCCCCCGGCUUCUCCCUCACCCACCUGGCGUCAUCGGGCGAGUCAGCGGCGGAGUCGGCAGGAAGCUGCAGAAAACCUGCGCAGGGGACAGCGAGAGAGGUUGCCAAAACAGAUGAGAGUGAGAGCAGGAAGGAGGAGAAGGCCAAGAGUGACAGCUGCUCUGAUAACUCGGACGGGGAAUUAAAAGAUGACGUGUCUGCGGAAAAGACAACGGGAAACUGGUUAAAAGCCAAAAGUGGAAGGAAGAAGCGCUGUCCCUACACGAAGCACCAGACUCUGGAACUGGAGAAGGAGUUCUUGUUCAACAUGUAUCUGUCUCGGGAGCGCCGCCUGGAGAUCAGCCGGAGUAUCAACCUGACCGACAGACAGGUCAAGAUCUGGUUCCAAAACAGACGCAUGAAGCUCAAGAAGCUGAACAGAGAGAGCCGGGAGAGGGAGCAGAGUGCUGUUUACAACUACUCCUGAAGACUUCUUUAUAGCGUCACACUUACACAUACCCACACACACACACACACACACACACACACACACACACACACACACACACACACACACACACACACCCCUCUCCCGGGAUAAAGCAAGCUUCAUGGAGGAAGGAAGAUGAGCAAAGAUGGAGGAUAAACAAAACAGGAAACGACAAGCGCCACGAGCAGCAUGGGACAAUUAUGCCUACCUGGAAACACGUGGAUAACAACGCGCGCAGGUCUGCAGGAGACAAGCAAAAAGCUCCAUCACAACGAGCCUGCGCCCCAUAAACCAGCCAUUCUUGGCCGCCGUCCUCGCCUCUUAGCAGCCGUUACCUGUCCUGUAGGUGGUGGCAUUUGUCUGUCAGAGGUGGUCAGUCCUUGUGAGGGUCAAGACACAUAAUGAAAGAAUGGUGUGAGUUCUGUGUAAACCUCAGCUGCAGCGUCAUGUCGGCACCGGCAGGCUGAGGGUUCCGUCCAAGCUGAACAGUCAAUUCCAGCCACGCUGAUCCCAGGACCUUGACUGUGUAUUGACACAUAUCAGAGCAUGGAGGCAAAACAAAUUAACAUCAGUCAAUAUUCUGUCCUUCCUCCAGCAACCUGACACAGCCUCCCAGAGCGGCCAUGUUUACCCUCCACUUGCUGUCAAAACAACCGAGAGCAKCAGGAUGAGGAAUGCCUCCGAGCUUCAACGGGAUAUAGUUACAGGCRUUUAAAAGUAUUCAAAAAAUAUGCCAGUUCAUUUUUGCAGAAGGCAAAGGUGAUAAUAUUUUAAUGUCUGUGUGUUUGUUUCUUUGUCUGUUAACAAAAUAUCUCAUGAACCAUGUAGACAAAUUUGAUUCACCCCCAWUCAAGAUGRCUGCCACAGCUGAACAACCUCAGCAAACACAGUCACUUAUUAUUACAGAUAUUGGGUUUAAUUUGGUGUGUUAGAGGCUGAGACUCAUUGAGAACACAUCAUCUGUGGAGUUCCUCAAGGUUCUGUACUUGGACCUAAGUUAUUUAUUUUAUAUGUGUCUGGGUUUUUUACAUGUUUUAUUUGCAGAUGAUACUGCAUUAUUUUGUUUAGAUAAAGAUAUAGAAUGGAUUUGGAGAUGAUACAGACAGAAUUUGUGAAAAUACAAAAAUGGUUUAAACUUACCAUUACAUUUGGAUAAAACAAAUUAUACUAUCAAACUAUCGAUUUAGAGUUGAUGGUAUUGAGAUUUGUAGAGUCGGGGAGGUGAAGAUUCUGGGUGAUAUCACUGAUGAAAUGCUGACAUGGAAAUCUCACAUAAAUUAUGUAAAAACAAAAAUAGCUAAAUCUAUUGCAGUGCUGUACAAAGUAAGGGAGUUAUUCACUAAUAAAGCUCUGUAUGUUGUAUGAUGCAAUAAUUGUUCCACACUUGAUCUAUUAUAUUGAAGUCUGGGGGAAAGCAUGCAAAACAAUUACAAAUCCUA